AUGUUAGAACAACAACAACAACAACAACCAAAUGGUCAGGAGAAACCCACAUUUUCUCAAUUAGUUAAAAGAUUCCGGUUUAUUAGAGUGUUAAAUUCAAAUCCACAGAGUAAGGUCCUUUCCCUCUUAGGUACAAUAGACUCACAAGAUGCCAUAAUCACAUUGGAGAAAACCCAUUUUACCGUCAAUGAAUCUGGGGAAGUAAAUUGCGACAAUGAAGCUCUGAACACAGGAACGGAUAUGGUAGAUGACCGCUCGUUAAGUAUUGAGGAUAUUGAACACUUGAAAGAGAUCACAUGCAACGAUAUAUAUUAUUGGGGGUUAACUAUGUUGAGACAAGAUCUAGAUACCAACCCAACCGCCAAACUGAAUCUGAUCUGGCCAGCUACCCCGGUACACAUUAAGAAGUAUGAACAACAGAAUUUUCAUCUUAUUAAAGAGACACCGGAGAUCUACUCCAGAAUUGUCAAGCCUUACAUUGAAGAGAUGUGCGAGCCCGGUAGACUAAAAUGGGUUCAUAAUAUUUUGUAUGAAGGCGCAGAAUCUGAGAGGGUUGUGUACAAGGAUUAUGACUGUGACAACCGAGAUCAAGGGUUUAUCAUAUUACCAGAUAUGAAAUGGGAUGGAGUCAAUAUGGACUCAUUAUAUUUGGUGGCUAUUGUUUAUAGAGAUGAUAUUAAAUCCCUACGUGAUUUGAAGCCAAAACACCAAGAUUGGUUGAAGGACAUAAUGAAGAGAAUUAAAUCUGUGGUUCCAUCAUGUUACAAUUAUAUGAUCCACCCUGAUGAGUUAAGGAUUUUCAUCCAUUACCAACCUUCAUAUUAUCAUUUUCACAUCCACAUUGUGAAUGUGAAACAUCAAGGGUUGGGCAACGGUAUCUCCGCUGGUAAGGCGAUACUGUUGGAGGAUGCGAUCGAAAGUUUAAAUUAUUUGGGACCUCAAGGGUUUGAAUGCCGUACUUUGAAUUAUGUUAUUGGAGAAAACCAUGACCUUUGGAAACGUGGUUUGCAGGAAGAGGUUAAGAAACAGUUAAAGGAAGAUGGAAUUCCCUUUGGGCCAAGCUACUAA